GAGCUAUUAAAUGUCGUGUUUGAGGGCGCGCUUCAUGAAUAUUUAUCUCCGGCCAUCGUCGUCGAAAACUAUUUGACCAGCCUCUUCUUCGUAACCGGAUCGGACGAUAGUGAAGUCGCCAUACUGAAGGUCGUUUUUACGUAAAAAGAAUAUAAACAUGACUACGGCUCAGGGUUUUAGUCUGUAUAAAGACCUUGACAAAUAUAAGGAUGUUGAUAUCGAUGACUUGUUGGAAAACCUCACAGAAGCAGAAGUGCUUGAGCUGGAGUCUAUGCUGGACCCUGAUAAUGCAUUACUGCCAGCCUCUGACCGUAUGAGAAAUCAAACUGAUAAGGAACCAACCGGUCCAUUUGAUCGACAAAAACUUCAGGAAUUUUUAGAGAAUCAAGCAAAAAGCGAAAAAGAUGUUGAAGACAGAGUUCCAUAUAAGUCAGGACAAAAGAGAGGUAAAGUAUGGAAAGCCAAAGCAAAUGCAGAUAUGAAGAAAAAUGGAAAUGCUAACGCAGAUGAGAUAGAAGUUCAGGGAGAUGCAGAGAUGGAAGAAGCCUUGAAAGAUGCUACAGAGGAAGAUCUGGUAGAGUUGGCAGGUAUCCUUGGGCUGCACAGUAUGCUAAAUCAGGACCAGUAUUACGCUGCUAAUGUGCACACGCAAGCUGUUGAAUUGAACGAGAACCUGCGAGAGCUGGUAGCUGGCCCCGGAAGCUUGCAGGAUGAGGGCGCCAAAUUCAGUGGAAUCUCUAAAUGUUUUGUUCCAAAGGCGUUGAAUUUGGAACCAGAAAACAAUCUUGAUGUUGAUAAAGCAUUAAAACAAGUACAAGAAAAUGACCCUGAACUCACCAGUCUCAACAUGAAUAACAUUAAGAACAUACCUAUACCUACACUAAUAUCAUUGUCAGAAGCUCUACAUAAGAACACACACCUAAAGACGCUGAGUAUGGCAAGCACACGUCUCAAUGACAGAAUUGCAAAAGCACUUGGAGAAGCAAUUGAAGCAAAUACAGCAUUGACAUGUCUCAAUUUGGAAUCCAAUUUCAUCACUGGCACUGGAAUUCUGGCCAUUAUGAAGGCAUUGCUUAAUAAUGAAACACUUUCUGAACUCAGAAUUGCCAACCAGCGGUCAUCACUUGGUGUAAAGGUAGAAUCGUACGUUGCAGAAGUGCUAGGAAAGAACAAAACCAUUGUGAAGUUUGGUUUGGCUUUUGACCAUGCUGGACCACGUGCCAAGGCCAAUAAUUUUCUUAUGAGAAAUAAUGAAAUAGUUCGGAAGAAGAGAGUUAAUAACGGAGUUGAGAAUCAAUAAACUGGAAUGCUCUUGACAUUGGAUUUCAGGAUCCCAUUUCUAUACACCUUUUUUUAAGUUUGACGAGAAUGUUUUUUUCACUAGUAUAGUCAGUGCUGUAGUAAUACAUUUUACACUUAUUUAUUAUGAUGAUUAUUCUUUUUUAUUGAUAAAAAAAAAUAUAGCACAUCUUAAUAAUCCUUAUCACGUUGAUCAUUUUGUAAUAUUAGUAAGAUGCAAUAGGUUAUCAAAUUAUAUGGUUAGCAAGGUAAAACAAUUGUAAAUAUCAACUUGCAUAAUGCCAUUUUAACUUUUAGUGUACAUUUGUUGUGAUAUUUUCACUUGAAUAUAGAAUUAUGUAGCAUGAAUUAUUAAAUUGAAUAAAAAUGUAUCAAUAUUAAAAUUUAUAAUCUUGUAGAAUUGCAAUCAAUCGAAAAAUGUAAUUUUAACGUUGAAUAUUUUGGGAUAGUGUUGUAGAAAUAGUGAGAGCUAGAAGCUGUAGUUAUCAUACCAAUUGCAAUGGACGUGUGCAUUCACAGAACAUUUUUUUCUUGUAACUCUUUGUAGCGGUGCUUUUAAAGAGGUUUCUACUCAGCAUUCUAAUAAUAGCUCAUUGACAAACUUGCUCAAGAGGUUUAAGUCUGGUGCCUAGGUGUUUUGUAGUUUUCGUUUUUGUACUUGUAAUUUUAGAAGAAAAAGCAAAAUUCAAUGAUUACAUUUAUAUGCAAUGAUUGAAUGCUAGGGAUAUCAUGAAUAGAUCUUUGAUAGAUUGGUAGUUAUUUUAAACAAUCAGAUUCUCAUUAUUAGCAUUUGGUUUAGACUUAGUUUUUCAAUAAACUAAAUACUGACAUACACUGCAUCAGCAGGACUGUAUGUACAGUAUAAUAUAUAAAUUAUGCUACUUCUCUGGAACCUCAGGAAUGUUAACAUUUUCAGAAAUUCGAGCCUACACUAAAUCAUGCGAACAAUGUAACUACCACUUCAAAUAAGCUUGUUGGAAUUUUAAACAAAAAUGGAUGAAAUUUAGUAAAUUAUUUAAUGAGUUUCUUAGUAUUCAAGUAUUUGAAAUAUGAUAUGUGUUCUUAUUAUGAUUGUUUGUAGUUGAUGCAGUACAAUGAAUGCAAAGACAGUUAUUACAUUGGCUGCUACGGGAAAUGGUGCGAAUCUGUACUACAAAACAAGCUAGUAACAAACGCCUUUUUUUUUUGUUAUACACAGUAGAGGUCUUUUCCCACACUGCCAGAUAUAUGUUUGUUGUGCUGUUGACUUGGACAUUGGCAUAUUUAUCCUAAAUAUUCCAAUAAGCACCCUUCUUGCAAAAACCACCAUUUUACAGAAUAGGCACCAAAUGUGAUACUUUCUUGCCUUGCACCUUUCUUUAAUAAAUAAGUAUCAUAGCAUUAUUAAGUCUUAAGUUUCACGGUGUACAUACCUAGUGUGCUUUGAGUUAUCUGGAUACUAUCAAAUAACUGAUUAAUCAAAUAAAGAAAUAUAUAGUAACAUUGCAACAAAUCAGAUGUUUUAUACAUCUUACCAUAUUAGAACUACAAUAGCUUGUAAAAGAUGCCAAGUGCCGCACUGAUGCCUUCAAAAUGUUACAAGCGCCGCAGUGCUUAUUGGAACAUUCACCAUUAAAUAUUAUUCUCCUUAGUUUUUCGAAGUACUUUUUGUUAGCAGUUGACCUGUCAGUGUAGUUUUUUUCUGUAUCAUAAAUUGAUUGAUAAUGCAACUGAAAUAUAUUCAUGAUGAAAAUGUAGUUUUAUCCUCAUAUUUAGGUCAAUUGUUCUUUAGAUUUCAAACAAGAUAUUUUCUUUACUAUUUUUUUAACAUAUAAUAUUAGAUGGAAUUAUGAUUUUAACUAAUGUUGAUAAAGAUAGGUUGUGUUAAAUGUUAUGACAAAGAUGACAAUGAUUAUUCUUACAUUAAGUUUCAGUGGUUAGCUUAGUCACUAUGUUUGGUUAUCACCUAAAUACUGCACCAUAUUAAAAAUAGUAGAGCACCAUCAAUAAUGAUAAUAAUAAAUGAAUAAUUGUAAUGUGAAACAGUAAUGUGUUGUUUUAACCAAAGAACAAUCAUCAUGUUUAUUUUUUAGUUUUGUUGUCUAUUCUCUGGAGAUCUUCAAAAGUGUGCUAUGUAGUAGAGUAGCUGCCUUUUGUUGUGUGGCGUAUGGUAUAACUUGUAUUCACCAACAAUCAAUCUUGAUAAUGAUACCUGUUUUAUUAAAUUUUGUUCAUUGAA